CUCCAACAUUUUCGCAUGAAUACACCUCUUUGUGUGUGUGACGUAUUUCUCGUUCGGGCGUUUUCGCCAUGCUCGGCUCUCUUCGGUGCUCCGGCCGUUACUCGUCUGCACGCGUGACGUGAAGUUCGCUCGGAUCAGUCUGUCAGUCUCACGCCUACGCGAAGGAUAGAUACAAGGCUAGCCAGCUGCGUCAUUCUUGUUUUGUGUGAUUCUUCUCAUCAGCUAUACUACAUCCCUAGCUGCCAAGUGUUUUAGUCGAAUCGUCGGUGUAGUUAGCUGUUGCGAUGUCACACAGCGCAGGAAUGGACACAACGGGCUUGCCUGUACCGGAUGCAAUCCCGUCCCUCGAACAACUGCAAGAGGACUUACUCUUGAAUCUCGUCCAGGAGGUUAAAUUUCAGCCGAAUCUCGAAGAAUUACCUCUUACGAUGCAGGACGAGAUAAGUAUUGCCGCUCGAGAUAAAUCCGCUUACAUAUUAAGAUGCCUGAAAGUGAUGUACGACUUGUCAUCGGAUGUAUUCUUCAUGGCGAUCAACCUGAUGGAUUGUUUCUUGACUAGAGUGAGGGCGAAGCAGAAGUAUAUGGCUUGCAUCAGCGUAUCCGCCUUUUACACGGCCGCUGUUCAACAGAUGCAACCCCUCGAUGCCGAUCACGUAGUUUCGAUCUCACAGUGUAGAUGUACUGCCGAUGAUUUGAAACGCAUGUCGAACAAGAUACGGGACAAGUUGGAACGGGUACCUGGUACUCGACCCAUCACUGCGUUGACUUUUCUACGACUGUUCAAUAACAUGUUCCACGCUGUGGCGAAACAAUUGCAUCUCGGUGACGUGUAUGCCAGUAUCACCAACGAAUCCGAAUUAAUUCUCAGAUUAGAAAUGGUGGCUUGUGAUGGCAAUUGCGCGAGCCUUAGACCGUCCGAGGUGGCUUUGAUAUUACUCUGCAGUUAUUUGGAUGCCGCUGUUAAUCGAUUGAUGAACGCGAACACGGACACCACUGUGAGUAAUCUAUCACACAACGCAUCCAUCUCGCCAUCAUAUCAGAGGCUAAGAAAUGAACUUAUGCAGUUUGCUGCGGAACUCCGAGAGAGAUGCAACAUUUCAGAAGAGAGUUUCCGUUCCACUCAUGCAGCAGUGAGCAUCAUAUUGAGUAAAUAUAAUGCUCAGGAGCAAGCAAACAAAACUCAUAAACAGAAAUUAAUUUGGAGAUUGUCGCUACGAACCGCAGGUGUUUUACGUCCGUCUCAAAACUUUAUAUCCGAACUACCCGUUAUCGCGGAACAUGUUCCAUCAGUUCCAUCUCCGAACAAGAUCAGGAAAAAUCGUAAAUAUCGGCGCCGUGGAAAUAAGAGAUGUUAAUACAGCAUCGCCAAUUUUUUUUGAGGAUGCGGCACUAAGAGUUCUCAAUGUCUGGUAACAAAAAAAUUAUUUUCUCCGAUACAAUCAAAGUUUGACUGGGAGCACAAAUAUCGAUUUACACAUCACAAUACGUAAUAAUUUUGCUUAGUAAUAUUUCGUUUGUGUCAUUCGAGAUUAUACAUAUUGGUGGAACGUAAGUUACAUUUAUCUUGCUAAAUAAUAGUUACAUAGUUUCGCCAAUAUGUAAGUUAUCAUUAUGAAUCGUACAUUAAUCUGUUUUUCAUCAUCAUAUUUGUAUAAAUAGUUUAAUAUUUUGCAAAGGAAACAAGAUUUAAGCCCUAUUCCAACAGUAGUAAAAUCGAAUACUAAUCAUAUAUAAGGAGCUUUCAUAGAAAAGUGACGAAGGGGGGGGAGGGGGGCAGAUACAAACUGUGAAGAGCAGCAGUAUCAACAUACAAAUCAUUAAAAAAAAAAUUGAAAUUAAUGUGAUACAAUGUCCAUUAUAUAUUUAGUGUUAUCUAGUAGGAUCAAUACAUUGCUAAAAUUAUAUAUUAUCUACAAUUAUAUAUAUUUGCAAAAUACUUUAAACGAAAAAAAAAGUAUAAAAGAAGAGGAUAAGCAAAUAGGAAAAAAAUUGCGGAAGUGAAACUUAGAUAUAAUGUAAAACGACUAUUAUAAAAGAAAAAAUAUUAUAUUAAUUUGAUAUAAUCAACAAGAGAAUUGCCGAACGCGCUAAAAUUUGUUUGUCGAGUUUAGCGAAAGAAAAAAAAAAUGUUUUACUGAAUUUAGUUUUAUGUGCUUUGAAAUAUUCUGUGUCUCGAAAUAUUCGUUUCUCUUUCAUUGUCGUAUUGAGCAAAUCAAAUAGUCGAUAAAGUGUACAUAGACUACACUGAAUAUAUUUUUUGGUGUUUUAUUCAGCGAUAUUUCAAGAUACGCGAAAUAUAUAAACUAAAGUGUCCGAGAUGAAUUUUCUUGUCAAUUUUAAUGUGGAAGAUAAUAAGAUAUAAUUUAUAUGUAUAUUUUAAAAAUAAUUUAUAUUGUCUUAUUUUAUAAAAGUUAUAUUUUAAUUGACACUGUAUAACAAUCUGCCGAAAAACAUAGUCAAACAUGACCAUUUUUCAAUACUGUAAAAGAUUAUAUCUCGUGCACGUUACUUGAAAUUAAUUCGUACUCGUUUGAACUUACUUUCACGAUAAUAAUAGAAAGUCUUGUUACUAAUCUAUUAAUUUUUAUGAUUAUGUAUUGUCUAAUUCAUCAACAACGUAUUUAGGAAGGAAACGCAGUGAAAAAAUACUCUGUGGCUGAUCUAUCGCCGUUUCUCUUAUCAGUUUAGGAAUGGUUUUCACCUUACCAAAAUGUGAGAGAAUAAAGAGGUAUAAUAUAAGAACAAACGCAAACGAUGCGCCAUAUCUCGAGCGAAUGAAUAGUUUUAUUCGGCAAGAAUACUGUAUUAAACGAUUUAUGUAAAUUUUUUACUUUUAUUUCUUGUAAAUUUUCAUCUCACAUCAAAAUGGUAUAUAAUUGUUAUUCGCAAUUCACGUAUACAACUUAGGGAACUUAUGCGCGAAUUGUACGUAAAGAAAAAAAAAAGGAAAAAAGAAGCAGAAUUGCUGAUUCAUAUAGUUUCUUUAAUCUUAGCCAGUUUACAACACUAGUCAUAAGUUCAUAUCUUCUGAUUAUGAUUUGUGAAAAUACAUUCUCUUAGUGCCUCAUGGCAUCCCACAUAAAA